AUGUCUUCCGUCCAAUUCCGCAAAGAGUUUCGAAGCCAUACCUUCGGCUCGGACAGAAGAAUGAGCUCUGGAAACGGCCCGCUUCAACCUAGUGAGCACACGUCAUUGCUCUCUAGACCUUCGUUCAAUGGAUUAUCACCCCAUGAACAUGAAGACCAUGGCAGCCACCACCAUCACCCGAAGGACAAUCGCGUCUGGGUCCGAUGGCCCUUACAUGUUGUUCGUUUGACCUGGUUGACCCUGGUUCGUGAUUAUGUCAAUGUACUACUCAUCUUUGUGCCCCUGGGUAUCAUUGCGGGAGCCCUGGGGUGGGAUUCCUCCGCCGUUUUCGUUCUGAAUUUCUUCGCCAUCAUCCCGCUCGCUUCUCUUCUGAGCUUUGCUACGGAAGAACUGGCAGCUACGAUGGGUCAGGCGCUUGGAGGCCUGAUGAACGCCACAUUUGGUAAUGCGGUGGAACUCAUUGUCAGCAUCAUCGCACUCAAGGAUAAUCAGAUUCGCGUCGUCCAAGCUAGUAUGCUGGGCAGCAUCCUAUCCAAUAUUCUUCUCGUCUUGGGAUGUUGUUUCUUUGUCGGUGGUCUCCGAUACUCUGAACAAUCCUUCAACUCAACUGUUGCCUCGACAAUGUCCUCCUUGAUGGCCGUCGCGUCCGCCUCGCUCAUUAUCCCAGCUACCCUUUAUGCUGCACUGUCCCAGUCCUCCCACAACGCACAAGAUAACAUCCUCAUCUUGUCGCAUGGCACCGCGAUUAUCCUCCUCAUCCUCUACGUGAUGUAUCUCUACUUCCAGCUGCGAUCACACGCUGAUCUCUUCGAGGAGGCCAACGGCAGUGACACCGAGAAUGGCGGCGGCGCCGAGGAGGAGGAAGCCGAGGAGCGCUUGCUGACUCCAUGGGCUGCUACUGUCGCCCUGAUCGCUGUCACUAUCCUCGUCGCUAUAUGCGCAGACUACCUAGUAGGCAGCAUUGACGCAAUCGUCCAGAAGACGGGAAUUAGCAAGACAUUUAUCGGUCUGGUGCUGAUCCCGAUCGUCGGUAAUGCAGCCGAGCACGUUACCGCCGUCGUGGUCGCGUACAAGGAUAAAAUGGAUCUGGCAAUUGGCGUAGCGAUCGGUAGCAGUCUGCAGAUUGCCCUUUUCGUGACACCUUUCCUGGUUAUUCUUGGAUGGAUCAUGGGCAUUGAGAUGACCCUGCACUUCCAGACUUUCGAGACUGUCGCCUUCUUUAUCUCUGGGUUGGUGGUUACCCUGCUGAUUCAGGAUGGAAAGUCGAACUAUCUCGAGGGUGGCAUGUGUCUAGGAUUAUAUGUUAUUCUCGCUCUUGCCUUCUACGUUUACCCUGACGAUGUAGGUGAGGGCGCUAGCGUCAUCAGCAACAUUUUCAGCUGA